UUCUGGGGCAUGCUGGGACGUGUAGUCCUGUGGGCGGCAGCUGGGCGGCGGGUAUUCUGGGGCAUGCUGGGACGUGUAGUCCUGUGGGUGGCAGCUGGGCGGCGGGUAUUCUGGGGCAUGCUGGGACGUGUAGUCCUGUGGGUGACAGCUGGGCGGUGGGUAGUCUGGGGCACGUUGGGAAGUGUGCUUGAGCCCCGUGCGGUGGUGUUGCUUGGAGCUGUCGUGUCCCCAGGCAACAGCUGUGUCCCGACAUGGAGAGUGGGCCGGUGGAGCCUGGCUCCUGCGGCAGGGCGCCCGCCUCAGCAGGAGGGCCAUAGAGAAGCAAGAGGCAGCUAAGGGUGGAAAGUGGAGUGAGGUCCAAGGGACAAUAUGAGGAAAUCCGUGGAGUCAUUAACAGGGAUGCCAGGGUGAUGCUCGGAGAUGCCCCGGAAAUUAUGGGUCAUGCUUCAGCAACCAGGAGGACACACAACAGAAAUCCUGAGGUUACUCAGCAGUUUGUCCCAGUCAUACUCUCCUAGACAUUACAUUUUUGCAGAUUCAGAUAAGAUGAGUGAAGAUAAAAUACGUACUUUUGAACAAAAAAGAGCUGAAACUUUUGCCAAUUCCCAGUUUACCCUUAAUCGUAUUCCCAGAUGUCGGGAGGUGCACCAGUCUUGGAGCUCUUCAGUACUGACAACACUGUACUCCAUACUUUACUCCUUUCCUUUGACUUUCAGACUAAAGCCAGAUCUGAUAUUGUGCAAUGGACCAGGAACAUGUGUUCCUGUCUGUAUAUCUGCCCUUCUUCUUGAGAUACUGGCGCUAAAGAAAGUUAUCAUUGUAUAUGUAGAGAGCAUCUGCCGAGUGGAAACUUUAUCCCUGUCUGGAAAAAUUCUUUACUACUUUUCGGAUUACUUCAUUGUUCAGUGGCCUGCUCUGAAGACAAAAUAUCCCAAGUCUAUAUAUCUUGGUCGAAUAGUGUGACAACAAAAGACAAACUUUCUUUAUAAUGAAUUCAUAUUUCUGCAGGUAGCUCCUCUUAAUAGUUAAAGGAAUAUAUUUAUUUUUUCCACAGGUUCUUGAUUUGAGAUUUAUUGGUUGUUGCAAACUAAAUGUAUAAGUCAAACAGCCAAGACUUGAAAGCCAACUGCAAUAAAGAGUUACAUUAAAAAAAAUUAUUUCUGCAUA